AUGACCAAGGUGACCGAGGCUGUCAAGGCCACCCUUGUGGGCACCGAGGAGGAGCUGGGCUUGUCGCAUCAGAUCAAAGCCAACUUCAUCCAGCAUGCCCAGAAGGAUGAGACCUCUGGAGAGCUUUACAUGACUGAAGACAACUUUGUUAAUGCCAUCGCUCCCAACAACCAAGACUACCACAAAAUCAGACGUGAUCAAUACGGAAUUCUGUUCCAAGUAGCCGACCGCCGAAAGACUGGCCGAAUCAACAUCACCGACUGGGCCGCCUUCGAGAACCUCCUCGCCAAGCCUGACGCUGAAUACGAGAUCGCAUUCCGCUUGUUCGAUGUGGACGGCACCGGUGCCGUCAAGUUCGACUCCUUCAAACAGCUUUAUGACCAGAACAAGGGGAACGAGAGCAUCCCAUUCGACUGGAACUCGGAAUGGGCCUCGUUGUACAUUGGAAGGAAGAAGACUCGCCAUGACAUGACAUACCCCCAAUUCGCCCAGAUGCUGCGCGGUCUCCAGGGCGAGCGCAUCCGCCAGGCCUUCCAUCUAUUUGACAAAGACGGAGACGGAUACAUUGCGCCAGAGGACUUCCAACGCAUCAUCCUGGAGACGUCCAGACACAAGCUGUCUGAUUAUCUCCUCGAGCAUCUCCCUACACUGUGUAAUAUUUCCACCGGGAGCAAGAUCUCUUAUGCCAACGUUCGCGCCUUCCAGAAUAUCAUCCGGGAGAUGGAUAUCAUCGAUGUCAUCAUUCGCGAGGCGACCAAAAAGAGCCCUGACGGCAAGAUCACCCGCACCGAGUUUCUCAACGAGGCUGCUCGUAUCACCCGCUUUUCGCAGUUUACCCCAAUGGAAGCUGACAUUCUUUUCCACUUUGCCGGUCUGGAUGCCCCCAGCGGACGGCUUUCGCUUAAAGAUUUUGCCAAAGUGAUUGACGCAUCGUGGCAAACCGCCGAGACCAGUUUGUCAUUGGCGACUGACACUGCCGCCAAACAAGUCGCCAAGAAGACUUCAUCCCUGUUACACAGUGUGUUGGAGUCUGCGCAUCACUUUGCCCUAGGUAGUAUUGCGGGGGCUUUUGGUGCAUUCGUGGUAUACCCCAUCGACCUUGUCAAGACCCGUAUGCAAAACCAGCGAAGUGGUCGCCCUGGUGAGAGAUUAUACAACAAUUCACUUGAUUGCGCAAAGAAGGUUAUUAGGAAUGAAGGUUUCCUAGGAUUAUACUCUGGUGUUCUGCCCCAGCUCAUCGGUGUUGCCCCUGAAAAGGCGAUCAAGCUUACAGUCAACGACUUGGUCCGUGGUUAUUCUACCGAUAAGGGCAGUGGAAAAAUCACACUGCCUUGGGAGGUUAUUUCUGGUGCUUCUGCUGGUGCAUGCCAAGUCGUUUUCACCAACCCCCUGGAGAUUGUCAAGAUCCGUCUUCAGGUUCAGGGUGAACUUGCCAAGAGCGUGGAAGGAGCCCCAAGGCGCUCGGCAAUGUGGAUUGUACGAAAUCUGGGAUUGAUGGGUCUAUACAAGGGCGCCAGUGCCUGUCUCCUUCGUGAUGUUCCUUUCUCCGCUAUUUACUUCCCGACCUAUGCACACUUGAAAUCCGACUUCUUUGGAGAGUCGCCGUCGAAAAAGCUUGGUGUGGUCCAAUUGCUUACCGCUGGUGCUAUUGCUGGUAUGCCUGCGGCGUACCUUACGACCCCGUGCGAUGUGAUCAAGACCCGGUUGCAGGUCGAAGCUCGGAAGGGAGAGACCAAAUAUACCUCUUUGCGUCACGCUGCCUCGACGAUAUGGAAGGAAGAAGGACUCAAGGCUUUCUUCAAGGGUGGUCCAGCCCGUGUCGUCCGUUCGUCCCCGCAAUUCGGUUUCACUCUAGCAUCCUAUGAAGUUUUGCAGAAGCUGCUGCCUCUGCCUGGCUCCGAAGAUACUUCUCCCCCUCUGUCGACAGUGGAAACCUCCUCUGUGCCAUCGACUAGCGCUCCGCUGCCUUACCUUCGUUCAAGGAACGCACUCAAGUUGAUCCUCGAUUUGGAUGAGAACUUUGGUCGCAUCAGAAUUCCCGAGGGUGCCUCACUACCCAAGCUAUUCGGCCGACCUCAGAACUAG